AAGCCUUCUGGGAAUACCGAACGCAAGGCGACGCCGAUAAGCGAUUGAAGGCGGCCAGAUCGUCUCCGGCAGAGUGAUCGCUGACACUCCGAGCUCUAAAACCCACGGGGAAUGAAAACGUAACCGGAGCUGCGCCCAGACACUCGACAGGGGCUGUGCAGCAUUGUGAAAGCACGUGAAGCACAAGGACCCCGGCCGGCUUUACGUCUCUGAGCCAACCUGGGCCGUGCAGAUCAAAGACGUUCCGCUACAAGGACUUGCCAAGGCCGUCAAGGCCGUUCUGACGAUGGCUUCGCGUUAGACAUGCUACAGCACCCUUGCCUAGGUACUGUGUGUUCUAGGGACACUGUCCGGUGAUGACCAGUGCGUCCAGACAUUUGGCCGCCACGUUUGCCGGCCCAUUAAUUCUCCUAUGGUGGUCGCUCACCGAGAUAUCGGCUCAAGGGGGUGGCGGCGUCAGCCUCAACCUCUUCUUCGAGGAGAACGCGGUCGCACACCACACGGAGCCUUUCAAGAUACUCCGAGGGAACGCGCCUUCGCUCGUGGUCAGGCGAGGGUUCCCCUUCAAAAUCGCCGUCAGCGUUCCCGCAUCGAACGUUGCCAUCAUCCUAACUCUAGGCGACAAUCCUCAACCUGGCGAUGGGAGCCUGGUGCAGCUACCGGUGCCAGGUGACCCGAAUUCUGUGUCCACCUAUCCAGCAGCCGGCCAGGCCCAGUGGAUUCUAGCCCUUGUGCAUCAGGACGGCCCGAUGCGUCUGCUUCGCCUCGAGAUCCCCGUCACGGCCGGCGUAGGCCGCUGGAUACUCACCAUAUCUGGCAACGGACAGCAGUUUCGGGCCAGAGAAUCCAUCUACAUCCUUUUCAAUCCAUGGCACAGUGGAGACCUCGUGUUUGUAGAAAAUGAUCAAGCGCGGAGCUUCUACGUGAUGCAAGAUAGAGGCUAUAUAUACCACGGACAGGCGGAAAGCCCCGUUCCCAAGGAGUGGUACUACGGGCAGUUCGAGAAAGCGUCGCUACCAACUGCAGAAUUCCUGUUCGAGAUUACUGGGCUGCCUAUAUCACAAAGAGGGAAUCCCAUUGCCGUGUCACGCAAGCUUGCUUCCGGAGUAAAUUCCAAGGACAACAACGGUGUGGUCCAAGGAAAAUGGAACCCGCCGUACUCAAACGGCGUCCACCCUUACGCCUGGAGCUCGUCUUCCGCCAUCCUCAACCAGUACAUCGAGAUGGGUGGAAACACAGUAAACUACGGCCAGUGCUUCACCUUCGCAGCUGUCCUCAAUACCCUUCUCCGUGCCUUGGGAAUUCCGUCCAGGGUCGUGACUAAUUUUCCAUCGGUUCACGUGGACAACGGCGGCCAGGUGGUAGACAUAAGGUUCCCGUACAAUGGAGCUAAGCCGCACGUUGGCGGCAGCAUCUGGAACUACCACGUUUGGAAUGAAGGUUGGAUGAGGAGACCUGACCUCCCGGGCAGCUAUAGCGGGUGGCAAGUGCUUGAUGGAACUCCGCAAGGACUCAGUCUGCAUUCUCGGCUGUUCGAGGUGGGCCCCUUCCCUGUGCGUGGUGUGUUCGAGGACCGGAUCGACAUGCCUUUCGACGGCAACGUUGCACGUGCUGCUGUCAAGGCCACCUUUCGCUACUUCAUCGCCGACCCUAAUAACCCCUCCGGAUGGCGACUCGUCAGAGAGCAAGAAAACGAAUGCGGCAAGCUUAUCGUCACCGAGUCAAUAGGAACGGGGAUGAUGGAAGACAUAACUGGUAACUACAAACAGCGCCCCAUGCCCAUGGCACGCCACGCCAAGGAGGAACUGGUGAAAGUAAAGCUGCAGCACGAAAAGUCAGUGCCGCUGGGCCAGCCCAUCACCGCCGCCUGCAUCGUCCUCAACAACCAGGAGAAACCGUUGACGGCCCAGCUCACGAUCACCGUCACAUCGGCAACGUACAACAACCGAUUCCCUCGGACGAUCUCAACCAAGGUGCACAACAUCUCCAUGCCGGCACGUGGCGAUCAAACGUUCCAGGUGGCCGCCCAACCACAAGACUACAUCAAGAAGAUCUACGACGAGGGCAUGAUCACCAUCGAGGCAAACCUCAAAUACAGCAAUGAAUUGGCCUACGCAAGGAGCCUCAUCACCAUACAGAUACCUAAGCUCAACAUUGACGUGACGCCCAUAGGCCGGAACGGAGAGCUCCACUACAACGUGUCCAUGAAAAAUCCACUGGCGAUUCCACUCACGAGCUGCGAGCUCGCCGUGGAACUUCCGGGCUCCACGCGAUUCCUGAGACCCACUCCCGCUGGGUCUGUACAGCCCUACGGCGUCUUCUUCAAGAGCGGCAGCAUGGUCCGAACAUCAACGUACACGCGCGAGUUGAACGCGGCCUUCCACUGCCACGAGAUGCCCAUUAUGAGCGGCCACCGCAGCCUGUAG